CUUCCAUGUGACAACUCCGUGCCGCCUAUAAUAUUCAAGAGCACAUCACUUGGAGCGUUCUGGAUCGUGACUGAGGAUGCAGUUUGUAUUUGACUGCUAAUCAGGCAGUGGCUGUGUCUGAGCAAGGCUUCAGUCAAGCAAGGCAGAAGAGAGCAAGGCACCGGCUCCGUGGCUAUAGACUGAGCAGCAGCUGUGCUCGGGAAACGUCAGCGUGUGUGCAGUUCUGAUUCUUCAGCUGAGCACUCCUGAGAGACACAGAUAUAAAGACAUCGCACAGGAGCUCGGUCAUUACGCAGGUUCGCUUCUGAAACUUGCCCCCUCUCCAACUGCUUGGCACCCAGCCUUUCUAUCGCUGUUUCUGUUUUUUGCUCCUCAAGGUUCCACCGUAAGAUUCUGCACAAAUGAUGAACUUUCUGCGCCGGAGGCUUUCUGACAGCAGCUUUAUUGCUAAUUUGCCAAAUGGAUACAUGACUGACCUGCAGCGGCCAGAUCCCCCUCAGCCUCCUCCGCCAGUUUCCCCCACCCCAGAGAGGAGACAGUCGAGCCAGUCUACCGGAAGCAGCUUCUUCAGCUCCAUUUCAAAUGCUGUCAAGCAAACUACAGCUGCUGCCGCUGCUGGAUUAGUGGAGCAAACAUCCACAGGCGCUGCCAAGAAAGCCAAAAUUCUCCUCGUCAUCGAUGAACCUCACACCGACUGGGCAAAACUGUUCCGUGGGAAAAAAGUCCAUGGAGAAUAUGAUAUCAGAGUGGAACAGGCGGAAUUUGCUGAGAUUAACCUGAUUGCUCAAGCUGAUGGCACCUGUAUGGUGGACAUGCAAGUUUUGCGAAAUGGCACAAAAGUUGUCAGAUCAUUCAAACCUGACUUUAUCAUUGUGAGGCAACAUCCCUACAGCAUGGCAGAAAAUGAAGAUUUCCGGAAUAUUAUUAUAGGAUUUCAGUAUGGAGGCCUUCCAAGUGUGAACUCAUUAGAAUCCAUCUACAACUUCUGUGACAAGCCAUGGGUGUUUGCUCAGUUGGUAAGCAUCUACAAAAGCAUGGGCCCAGAGAAGUUUCCACUGAUUGAACAGGUCUUUUAUCCAAAUCAUAAGGAAAUGUUAACCAUGCCAACAUUUCCUGCUGUUGUGAAGAUCGGACAUGCUCAUUCAGGCAUGGGAAAGGUGAAAGUAGAAAAUCACUAUGAUUUUCAGGACAUAGCAAGUGUGGUAGCCCUGACAAACACUUACGCCACAACUGAACCUUUCAUAGACUCCAAGUAUGAUAUAAGGAUUCAAAAAAUAGGCAAUAAUUACAAGGCUUACAUGUACAGGUUUUGGGUUGAUAAAUGCUGUGAAAUGUUUGGUGGGUUGGAUAUCUGUGCUGUGAAAGCUGUCCAUGGAAAGGAUGGAAAGGAUUAUAUAAUUGAGGUCAUGGACUGCACAAUGCCAUUGAUUGGGGAGCACCAGGCUGAAGACAGAGAGCUUCUAACUGAAUUAGUUUUAGCCAAAAUGAACAAACUGAUACCAAGGACACCAAUUCCCUCACCUCAGAGACCUGCUGCCACACAACAACCACAGGGUGGAAGUUUGAAGGAGGUACAGGCACAGACAGGCUCAUUUCCUCAGCAGCGACCACCACCACAAGGGGGCCCAACACAACCCCAAGGACCACAUCCACAAAGCCAAGGCCUACUGCCACAACAUCAUGCUUCUCCUGAGGGGCCACGUCCACAAGGAGGUCCGCGUCCUACUGGCCCCCCAACUCAACAACAAAGGCUACCAAGCCAAGCAAUGCAACAACCACGGACUACUUUGCAAUCCCAGCGACCACAAGGCCAACCACUGAAGGGGCAACCUGAGCAGAAGAUGCAAGCACAGCCUGCACUCAAAUCCCAGCCAACAACCCCUCAACAACAGCCACAGCCUCAUCCUCAGUUAAACAAAUCACAGUCUUUGACCAAUGCAUUCAACAUUACGGAAUCAUCAUUAUUUCGAUCAAAUUUGAAUGAGGAUGAAGCUAAAGCUGAAACAAUUCGUAAUUUGAGGAAGUCCUUUGCCAGCUUAUUUUCCGAUUAGAAGAAAUUGAAUGGCUUGAAGUGUUGGUUUACCCCAUGUCAAUGUUCCACCAAGCUGUAGAGUGCUACUUUCAGUGAUAGUAGACAAAUUUGUUUUGUUGCCCUAGAGUUGAUGCCUUCUAUAAUGCAUUUGCAGAUGCUAGUGUGGUAUGCACAUAAUAAGAUGUGGUUUAAUGAGUUAUUUUAGGUCAGUUAGAUGCAACAAGACUCUGGUAAACUUAAAACAGAUAAUACUCUAUUUAAGUCAGAACUAGUGCAAUAUUUGAGUGGUUUCAACAGGGGAAAGAAAUUAAUCUUUAGCAUAUUCACUGUGAUGUUGUGGUAUGUGCACAGAGAUGCCUUAUAGUGAAUGUAUUAUUUCUAUAUUUUAUCCAUAAGGAAUUGUGACAAUAGGGUACUCAAUUAAACUGUGCUUCUUUCUGUUGACAGAAUACAAUAUUAAUUAACAAACUGCUUUUGUGAUUAACUAGACUAUGCUGUAAUAAGUUUGACUCAGUACAUGUGUUGUGGCCAAUCUACA